AUGGUUGAUGAAGGCGAAUGUAGCCCGACUCAGAAAAUACAUCUACAUUCUUUUGGCGGUACAGUGGAGCAGGUUGUAGGAUGGUUGGAUGCUUUCCCCAACUGUUAUUUUGGAUACAAUGAUAGGAUAUCUCCUUUUGACAAGUACCAGAUCGCAGCACUACAACAGGUGCCAGCAAACCGUUUACUCCUUGAAACGGAUGCGUCAUGUUUCAAAGGUCCACAUGGUGGUGGUGGUCCACAUGUUGGUGGCGGUCCACAUGUUGGUGGUGGUCCCCAUGGUGGUGGUGGUCCGCAUGGUGGUGGUCCGCAUGUUGGCGGUGGUCUUCAUGGUGGUGGAGGUCUAUAUGGUGUUGGUGGUCCACAUGGUGGUGGCGGUCCACAUGGUGGUGGCGGUCCACAAGGUGGUGGUGGUCCGCAUGAUGGUGGUCCACAUGUUGGUGGUGGUCCGCAUGUUGGCGGUGGUCCGCAUGACAGUGGUGAUCCACAUGGUGGUGGUGGUCCGCAUGGUAGUAGUGGUCGGCAUGGUGGUGGUCAGCAUGGAGGUGGUGGCCCGCAUGUUGGUGGUGAUCUGCAUGGUGGUGGUGGACAACAUGAUAGUGGUCUGCAUUGUGGAAGUGGUCCGCAUGGCGGUAGUGGUCCGCAUGGUGGUGGUGGUCUGCAUGGUGAAGGUGGUCAUCAUGGUGGUAAUGGUCCGCAUGGUGGAGGUGGUAAGCAUGGAGUUGGUGGUCUGCAUGUUGUUGGUGAUCUGCAUGGUGGUGGUGGUCAACAUGUUAGUGGUCUGCAUUGUAGUAGUGGUCAGCAUGGUGGUGGUGGUACGCAUGUUAGUGGUCUGCAUGGUGAUAGUUGUCCGCUUUGUGGUGGUGGUCUGCAUGUUAGUGGUCCGCAUGGUGGUGGUCUGCAUGUUGGUGGUGGUCCCCAUGGUGGUAAUCUGCAUGGUGGUGGUGGUCCGCAUGGUGGUGGUCCACAUAGUGUGGUGGUCUGCAUGGUGGUGGUGGUCCGCAUAGUGGUGGUGGUAACAUUGUGUCCCUAUAUUUAUUGA